AUGUCGUGGACAUAUUCCCCUGGCUCCCACAUCCCGGAGCAACAGUAUUACUCCUCGAUGGAUAUUCAUCCUUCACCACCCAAGCCCGUCAAUGCUUUGUCGCCUUCUGUAUCCGCCGCCCGAGAACCGAAACUCCAGCUCCCUUCUACAACCGAUCCCCCGGGGCCGCAGAACCCGCCUAAGCAGCUCGUAUGGCUGAUCUUCGGCGCCACAGGCCACAUGGGCCGUUCACUCGUCAAGACCGCCUUAAGCCGCAAUGACCUCGUCGCAGCCGUCGGACGCACAUUCGAGAAUAGCCCCGAAUCAAUGAAGAAGCUGGAAGAGGAACAUGAAAAUUGCCUGGGUCUCCUAUGCGACGUUCGCGCGCGCGAAACGGUCAAGAGAGUCAUCGAUCGGACCAUCGAGCGCUUCGGGCGCAUCGACAUUGUCGCCAAUUGCGCCGGGUACGGCGUGAUCGGCGCCUGCGAGGACCAGGACGAGUACGAGAUCCGCGACCAGUUCGAGACGAAUUUCACCGGCACCCUGAACAUGAUCCAGCUGUCGCUGCCGCAUUUCCGCGAGCGUCGGUCCGGCCGGUAUCUGAUCUUCAGCUCGACGUCGGGCGCGCUGGGCGUGCCGGGGCUGGGCCCGUACUGUGCGUCAAAGUACGCGGUGGAGGGCCUGAUGGAGAGCAUGCUCUACGAGGUGGACAGUUUCAAUAUCAAGGGGACGCUCGUGGAGCCGGGCCAUAUGCGCCGCGACGACGUGGGGGACCUUGUUUCUCACACCGCUGCCAUGGCCAGUAACGAGCACAACCUCGCGUCGCCGCUGCCGCUAUACGGCCACUUCUUUGUCAAGCAGCCCAGCGAGCCGUAUAAUACGCCCACAGCACCUGCGGCGCACGCAAAGCGCAUGCUGAUGUGGCUGGGUGAUAAGCAGCCAGCCAGUGCGGUCAAGGCGGCCCAUCUAGUUUGGCAACUGGGUCAUUGCUCCUAUCCUCCACUGAGAUUGAUCCUGGGAACCUAUGCGGUCGAGAGCAUCCGCGACAGACUCAAGUGCAUCAUCGAGGAGAUCGAGGAUUGGAAGUAUCUCAGCUUCCCGGUGGGCGAUCAACUGGGCUCCUCUACUGGGAAAGACAAGCCAUCAACGGAGAGCAGGGAAAAACAGGAUCGAGAAACGGCUACCUGA